AGUUGGAAGAGUUUUCAGGUCGAUCAGGAAUAUAAAACAUUAAAAUCACAACCGGACUUGUGCUUUGAGAAAAGCACAUAAGCAGAAGUAAAUUACAGGCUGUUGUGUUGCUGUGUAUUUUGAAUAUUUUGCAAUAUUUUAACAAACCUGUGGUGGCCGGUCCUUUAGACUGUUUAUUUCUUUCAGAAAUGGAAAGAACAAUAUGAUGCAAUUACUUUUGGGAAAUGAGACGUUUCCUCACAUGCUGACGGUGUUGUAUUACUGUAAGAUGUGUAACAUGAACCACGUCAGGCAUUAAUCCACUCUGUGUUUUUUAGUCUCGGUAGCAUGUACUGCUUGUGUGUGUGUGUGUGUGUGUGUGUAUGUGUGUGUGUAUGUGGGUAAUGUUUCACUACCUGGAUAGGAGCCUACUACACAUUCUGUUUGGAAAGCGCACAGCUGUGACCUAUUUCUCUUUAUCCGACUUGGGGGUAAUGGAGGAAUUCGCCAUGAUCACUCCCUGCUCUGUGUGGAAAUGAUUUUAACAGGCACCAACUAACGCAGAGAAUUAUUCACGUACAUUUGGACUUGUUAAAACUUUUCAGGAAUCUGAACCUGACUCUGAGAACUUACAGAAGAGAAGGAACUUUUUCUGUUGUUUUUUUUUUUUUUUUUUUUUUUUUUUUUUUUUUUUUUAUAUAUAAACAGAAUAAAAAGUUUUCUUCAGACUAAAUCAUAAGGAUAUUAACACACAAAACCACACCAUGCCGAGCUCAACAAUCCGGAGGCAGAUGAAAAAUGUGGUCAAUAACUAUUCAGAUGCAGAGAAGAAGGUCAGAGAGGCGACCUCCAACGACCCAUGGGGGCCGUCCAGCUCGCUAAUGUCCGAGAUCUCUGACCUCACCUACAACGUGGUGGCCUUUUCCGAGAUUAUGAGCAUGAUCUGGAAGAGGCUGAACGAUCACGGCAAGAACUGGCGGCACGUGUACAAGGCACUGACGCUGCUGGACUACCUGAUCAAGACGGGCUCGGAGCGUGUGGCCCAGCAGUGCAAAGAGAACAUCUUUGCCAUCCAGACCCUUAAAGACUUCCAGUAUGUCGACCGCGACGGUAAAGAUCAGGGCAUCAACGUGAGGGAGAAGUCCAAGCAGCUGGUGGUUCUGCUGAAGGACGACGAUCGGCUGAAGGGCGAGCGCUCACAGGCCCUUAAGACCAAAGAGCGCAUGGCCCAGGUAGCCACCAGCGUCGGCAGCAGCCACCAGAUGGGCUUUGGUCGUGGCUCCAGCCAGCCGAACCUCUCCACCAGCUACUCGGAGGAGUACGGCAGGUCCGAGGGCUCACCGGCAUCAUAUCACGGAUCCACAUCCCCUAAUGCGUCAUCAGAGCUAGAGCAGGCCCGACCGCAGACGAGUGGAGAGGAGGAGUUACAGCUGCAGCUCGCCCUGGCCAUGAGCAGAGAGGCAGCAGAGCAGGAGGAGAGGAUGCGCCGCGGGGAUGACUUGCGGCUCCAGAUGGCUCUGGAGGAGAGCCGUAAAGACACGGUGAAAGUGCCCAAAAAGAAGAAAGAGCCUCAGUCGUCUUUGAUGGAUCUGAUGGAUGCAGUCCCCGGAGCUCCUGUUGACCCUUGGGCGGCAGGAGCAGCAGCAGCAGCAGCAGCAGCAGCACCAGCCCCCGCCUCAGAUCCCUGGCAGAGCUAUGGUAGUGCCACUAAGCCAGCAGCUCCUGUGGAUCCCUGGGGUCUGCCGGCUUCUGCAGCGUCAGUCUCUCCCAUGAAGAACAGUGACCCCUGGGGGUCAAGCUCUGCUCCUGCAGUGGCUGAUCCGUGGGGCUCAGGGCCUGCCACUCGUCCCAAAGCCCCUGGCCCAGGGUCUUUCGAUCUCUUUUCCGCAUCGAAUGGUACCUCUAAGGAUGACCUAGAGGAUUUUGACAGUCUUCGCUCUUCAAUGAUGUCAGGUGGCGUUAAAGGAAGUUCAGUAGUGUCCUUACAGACCAGCAAGUCUGCCAGCCCUGACCUGUUUGACCUGCACGCAAGUGCCACAACCAGAAAAACUCCUGAGUCUUUCCUGGGUCCUAAUGCAGCCCUGGUAAACCUGGACUCUCUGGUCACCAAGCCUGCUCAACCGGCUCCUGUUUCUAAUCCUUUUCUUGCUGGAGGAGCAACCCCUGCCCCUCCAGCUCAGGUCAACCCGUUCCAGGUGAACCAACCACAGCCACCUACUCUGAACCAAAUGAGAGUAAGCCCCAUGAUGGGCCUCACAAGCCAGGGAUUUGGCAGCUUGGCCGCGAGAAGCAAUGAACCCAUGCCCUUGUCCUCUCUGCCCCCUGCUGGUGCUGUGGGCAUGGGGCCUAUGGGUGGCAUGACCCCUGUUGCUCCCAUGGGCCAAAUGAUGCCAAGCAUGGCCAUGCCAGCCUCCAUGUCAAUGCCGCAGCCACUUAUGAGCGGUGUGCUGCCACCUACAGGCACCGCAGCCCAGGCUGCUGGCCCCACUAAUCCCUUCCUGCUGUGAGGAACAAUAUAGGCUCUCAUUGCCUGUCUCCCUCUCCUGGCUCCUUUCCUAUAGUAUGGACAGCAUACUGUUGUGUUCCCCAAACCAAUGUGCUAUUUUGAGACUUUCUGGAGUAGCAGUGGUGUUUACAGUUUUUACAUUGGCAGGAGAUGCUGUCUUUGGCGGUAGGUACCAUAGAGUGAUUGGUAUUUUAUUUUUCUAAAUUUACUCGAAUGGACUGCCAGCAAUUGAUUACUGUGUCUCUAGGUGUGACUUUCUCACCACUCUUAGUCUACAGUUGCUUUCUGAAAGACAGCCUUGUGUUCAAAGGCGUUCUGAUUUUUAAAUUUACUUUGAUUGCUCACUUUCUUAAUGGAGGCUUAAAACUCUGCUUUCUCUUGUUUAAUUUUCUAAUUUUUAGUAUUUUAAAGCUGUAUACUUGCAAAAAGCUAACCCGUUUUAAUCAAAACAGCCUAUAUGUUCUACCCGGUGCAUAUACACUAUGUGUAUUUUACAAUACGUUAUAAGUAGACACAUUUUAGAGGACACUAUCAGUUUACAUGGUAAUAAUUUUGAUGUUCUAAGCAGGGAUUUUGCACACACUCUUUCUGUUUUUGUUCUUGUUUUGACUGUUGGCUCACCGUUAGUCCUUAGCCCGACUCUGAUCAACCUGUUUUUCGUGGGGAGAAAAAAAAAAAGGUUAGGAUGUGGAGAAUUUUAUCCGCAACAUUGGCCUGUUUCAGUGGUUUCAAAUCUAAUGCAUUGGAAGAUGAACUUCAUACUGAAGUGGAGGGGAUUUUUAAUGCAUGAUGUGGAACUGACUACAUAUCAUAAUACUCAAAAAUACCAUAUCACGGCUCGACUUUUAUAACUAUAUCCAAACCUCUCUUUGUGACACCUUAAAGUUUUUAGAGCUUGUGGAUUGGUUAUGUGGGCUGCUUCAAUUCAUUACGGUUCAUCACUGCUGCAGAGAUUACUCCACUCUUCACACAGCUUCUCACCCCGUCCUUGUGGUGACUGCUUGACAGAGCUAAUUAAUGAGCAAAUCAAUACUAAUGAUUAGUAUUCAGUCAGCUAGCUUUUCCAAGACUCUGAAAUGUUUAAAGUAGCUUCAGCGAUCUUGUUGGUUUGUGUGUAUUGGUGGUAAUGUUUUAGUUAUGAUCGACAGAACAAAGGGAAUUGGGAAGUUAAUUUAGCUCAUGUUUUCAUCAGGUUCAACUACAUCUACUAUUAACAAUAUAACUAAUCACUUUUACCCAGUGCAAUCAGUUUAUAUAGCGUACAUUUAAAUAGUAAAAUAUUUAUCGGCGCUUUCCAUUACAGCAAGUCCAUGGUGUGCAUGGAACACUGACGUAAACACAUAUAUGGUUUAUUUGGUUGGUGGGGGAUUUCUUGAGUAGGCCAGGGUGUGUGUGGGUUUUUUUUUUUUUUUUUUCCUCCCUUUUCUUUCUUCUGUUUGUGCCUGCUUUUUUUGAGCAAUGGUGUUAAAAUACUUCAGAUGUUGAUUACCAUAAAAGCAUUACUAUGUAGCGAAGGGACAUUGUUUAGGUGGAAGCAAAUUUAUAGCAAAGUCUACCCAAAAGAUUAGAACUUCCGAUCUCUAAUCCCUUUGUUCAUAUAAGACAAACUUUUAUUCAUGUACGGGUUAUUUAACGCGAGUUAUACACCUGCUUUUAUGUGGAUAUUAUUUCUCAAGGUCAAACGUCCACUACGUGUUCAUGCAUGCUUAAUUUGAACUUGCUAAUGAGUUUAUAAGUCUAAUAAUUUACAGACCUUUGCAUACUGGGUUCAGUUUUUUUUUUAUUUUUUUUAAAUAUCGUUACCGCCCCACAAGCUCAAGAUUGCAGUUUUUCUGCCCAAAUAAAUGUAGUUACCAAAGUCAUAGUGCUUUUGCUCAAGAGAGGCUGUUGUAGUUUUAUAACAUAGCUGUGUGGCUACACCUUUCAUAAUUUUUUUUUUUUUUGGGCCGAAGUAUAAGUAUUCUUGAUUUGAGUUGUCUCUCAGAUAUAGAAAUGUUGCGUCUUGAACUGUCCUCUUCAUUUGUGACCUCUACUGGAGAUUCUGUGGUAGUACUGCCCAAGCGCAGCUGUGUGUUAGAGCCUGGGUGUGUUCGUUCUCACAAAAUCCGCAUCCAUCCUCAGGCAAUCAGGGGAAGACUGCUUUAAAAUGUACACGUUGUGCUUGCGAUGGACUUGAUGGUUGAUGCAGGUGCUGAUCCUGUGAAAUCUGACUUCUAGCUGAUGAACAUCAGAUAAAAUUAUACAAUUGGUUAUGGAAAAAAAAAAAACAAACAAACAGAAUACUGUUCAAAUAGUUAUGCAAACUAUCGUUGCCAGUUAUUGCUUUCACUGAUACAAUAUCUAGCUCAGUUCGUCCUGUCUCAUUUUGCUGUUACUGACUGUGUAUCACUCAUUUUUCUGUUACUUUGUACUUUAUUAUGCAUUUAUUGUGGCAGACUAACCUCAUGAACAUGCAUACACACCUUUACUUUCUCAUGUUAUGUCUGUGUAUUUACCAAACUGUCUCAUGUUACUGGGAGCAGGCUGCUUUUAUGAAUGUGCUCAACCUGUUGGCAUUAUAACUGUAUAAUAUAAUUUAUCAUUUGUUCUAUUGUAACAUAUUGUUCUGUAUCUUAUUUCUGUGUAAUGCUUUUGUAGGAAGGUCACAUGAAAUUUUAAAUGCCAUAUAAAUCGCAGCGAGUGAUAAAGGACCUGUAGCUGCAAUGAUAAAAAUAAACUGUAUCACUGACAUCGGA